AUGGGUAUACUCGCCAAGAACUCAUUGGAUUCUUCCUCCACUGUCAUCCCCAAUUUGAAUCUCAAAUCGACGAGUCUCAACUGGUACGACUCCUCCCGUACCGAACGCCUUCGGUUACCAGAUUACAGCUCUGUCGAGACCACGACUGGUUGUGUGGACUCCCCCUGUUUCAGGAACUUUAAAAUGAACACGGAUGGAAGCGCCAGAAAUGACCCAAGAGAUGGCGGUUUUGGUGGUUUGAUCCACGAUGAGAAAGGAAUUUGGAUUUACAGUUUCUACGGGAAGCUUACGAACUGCUCAUGCAUUGAGGCAGAAAUUUGGGCCAUAUAUCGUGGUUUGACAAUUGCUUUUGAAAAGGGUUACAAGGAUCUAAUCAUAGAAACUGACUCCAUGGAUGCCAUUGACAUGCUGAAGAAGAAAGUGGAGGUUAUUUCUUCUUUGCGCAGCCUGGUGGAGGACUCGAAGUUUCUUAUCCGUAGAUGUGGCUACACUCUCCAACACGUUUUGAGGGAGGACAAUCUGAGUGCUGAUGGCUUGGCUAAGAUGGGUGCUGAUCAAGAUGAACCACUUGUUGUUAUGGAAGAUGCCCCGGAUGGCAUCCGCAGUCAACUUGUGGCGGACAUGAUUGGGCGCAGCUCCCGUAGGCAGAGCUCUUCUAUUCCAUAA